UGAGUAAAUUAAUGUAGUUUUAUCGCAGUUUGUUUUGAAAAUUGUCUUAUUUUACGUCUUGCGAUGUCAAAAAAACAAAAUCCUCACGUUGGAGAAUUCGAUGGAUCUGAUAUUAUCGGUAGAACGGCAUCUUUUGGUGGAAAAGGAGCUUUAGUUGGUGCUUUUUAUGGGGCAUGUGUAGCAGCCAUCACACCACCUAAACCAGCUCCUACUCCCCUAAUCCUGCAAGCACUGAAUAUAAUGAAAAAUACAACAAUAUUACUAGGAGGAGCAGCAGCAGUAUUUGCAGGGACGACAUCAACAAUGGCUGCCAUAAGAGGAAAGGAUGAUUAUAAAAACUGGGCAGUUGGAGGAGUUGCUAGUGGAGCCUUGUUUGGAUUAAAUAAGCGCAGCUUUGGCAUUGGUGCUGCAACAAUGGCUGCAUUAGGUGCUGCAGCUGGAGUUGCCAAAUAUACUGGUGUUUAUAAGCACCCAUUCAGAGAAGACAGAGUCUAUGUGUAGAUUCUACUGUAUAAUAUGUUUGUUAAUUUGUGAGCUGUUUUGAAGAAUUAUGUUUUCAGAAAUCAAAAAAUAAAAUGUAAACUGUUAAUA